CCCUAGUUCUUCAUUUUCGAGUUUCUGAUUCUUUCUAUAAACAGAUUGUUCAUAUAUCAUUUCCUCAAGCGCCGCGCUCUAGGGUUUAUUUUUUCUCUAUGAAUUGCCAAUUUGAUCAAUGAAGUGAAAAUCAUCACGAUAUGACGAUGAAUCAAGAUCCUCUUUCUCCAAUCCCUAGGCAAGAAUCAUGCAGCCAUUGCAGCACAAAAGAGCAUCUUCUCCUCCACCAUGUUCGUCAUCAAGGAAUGUUACGCCGUCUCUGUACCCGUUGCGUUCUUCUCUUCCAUUCCCAAUCAUUCUGUCCUACUUGUUUCAUCGUCUACGAUCGUCCUCCGCCGCCGUCGAACAACUUCAUCACUUGCUCCAAAUGCUACUCAUGCUCUCACUCCUACUGCGUUGGAUCGAAGUCUUCGAAUUCGUAUGUAUGUCCUCUUUGUCUUAACCCUAAGACACUGCUUUUCAAUUUGAAGAAAGUGUAUGUUGAUUGUGAGAAUAAGGAAGAGAAUGGUAGGGAGUUGGAUAAGAAGACUUCAAAGAUGCUGUUUGCUGCUGCUAAGAUCUCAAUGGCGACUAUGAUUAAAGCUGCGGCGACUUUAAGGGUAGAGGCUGAGAAGAGGGCGAUUGAGGCUUCUGUUACGAGGAAGAGAGCUAGGGAAGCGAUUGAGCAUUUUGUUGUUCUUGCUUCUAAGGAGAAGAUAAGUAGGAAAGAUCCAUCAAUGAAUCAGAAAGCUGCAAACGGUGUUUCAGCUGCAAAUGAUGUUUCAACUAGGUUGAAUGCUGUUGGGAUUGGAGAGAAAGAAAGGUUGCAAGGAAUUGGUCAACAGCUCAUAGCUUAUUCGGCUGCUGGAAAUCGUGAGGGAAUGAAAACAAACCAUGCAGAGAUGCAGAAGCAGCCAUGAAUGAAUGCAAUUUGAUGACAGAAAGAAAGGUGUGUGGAAUCUUUACUUCUUCUGGCUUUAAUCUUUUGAAGCUUAUGUGAUGGGAUUGUGGGCAAAACUUAUAUGGGUUUUUUAUUUUCUUUAGCUAAUCCGAAACCUUUGGUUCUUUUGGUACAUAACAUCAUCUUUCAUUUUAUUUCUAGUACUUUUUUUUAUUGUGGAUUAAAUUGUAGGGAGAAUCUGUAAUUUGUAUAACAAGCAUUCUAGAGUCAUUAGAAAGAUUGCAUUUUGUUGUCAAUACAUACUCCCUGUUGAAGAUUACAUUCAGUUGUUGAGAUUUUUGCUUUC